AUGCCGACACAGACGAUGACAUACCAUAAAAAAUACCAGAGUACCAGACUUCAGUCACUCCUACGAGGCCCCGAUGUCCAGCUGACCCUACCGACGAACAUCGACACUACUACUCUCGACCUGCUUCUCCUCCUCCGCCCGACUGCGCUCUCCUACAAACGUUCCUCCGUCGCCCCGCCCUGGGUGGCUCCCGUCCCUCCGACCCCGCCGCGCCAGGCAUCACCCCGGCUGUGCCGUCUCACAUGCCAGGUCGCACGCGACGUCACGGUCAGCUUUUUCAACACGGCGCAACGAAGCUCUCGUCCACCUAUUCCUCCUGCUCACCUGCCCCUCAAGCGACCAGCGCUGCGCUGCUACGACCAAACCAAUAAUCCCAUAACCGCAAUCAUGGCUACCGACGUCCACAAGAAGACCGAUCCGAAAGGCGAUGCGAAAGUCCCUGCGCCAGCCCCAAACGCCGGCCUUGUCAGGAGAACGAGCGAUCCCCAUCCGGCCGGCCGCGUUAAGCACAGUCUGUUGAUACAGGUGCUUCGAGGCUUCUCAUUUGGUCUCUAUUUCGCUGCUUGUUGUCUCGCCAUCAUCACCACCCAGAUCAUGGGCGUCCCGCUAUACUGGGUCAACCGCGACAUGUUCUACUCCUACAUGGCGCUGACGAAACAGUCGUUUGGCCUGACCAUCACUGCCAUGACACACAUUUGGAGCAACACUACGAUCCGGAUAAGCGGUGAUGCGUCGAUGAACCGUCAGAUCCAAAAGACAGCGGACGGCAGGGUUCAGUUCAACUUUCCUGAGCGUGUAGUCUUAAUCGCGAACCAUCAGAUAUACACCGACUGGCUCUACCUCUGGUGGGUGGCCUACGCAAACUCGCCGAGCAUGCACGGCCACAUCUACAUCAUUCUCAAGGAAUCGCUAAAGUACAUCCCCGGCGUCGGCGCCGGAAUGAUGUUUUAUGGCUUCAUCUUCAUGUCGCGCAAGAUGUCGACCGACCAACCCCGGUUGGCGCACCGACUUCAGAAACUCAAGAAACAACACGUUGGCGCCAACGGGAACAAGUACCUCGAUCCCAUGUGGCUCCUGCUCUUCCCCGAGGGUACGAACCUGUCCAACAACGGCCGCAGGAAGUCAGCAGCCUGGGCCAAGAAGAACGAUACUAAGGACCCAGAACACGUGCUUCUACCGCGAAGCACCGGUACCUUUUUCUGCUUGAACGAGCUCAAGGGUUCGCUCGAGUACAUUUACGACUGCACAGUCGCGUACGAAGGAGUUCCCCGCGGCAAAUUCGGCGACCAGUUCUUUACCCUCACGAGCACGUACUUCCAAGGCCGCCCUCCAAAGUCGGUCAAUUUCCACUGGCGCCGCUUCCGCAUUGCCGACAUUCCUCUGGACGACGCCAAAGUUUUCGACACCUGGCUCCGCGAGCGUUGGUACGAAAAGGACGCCAUCAUGGAGGAGUACCUGUCCACCGGACGAUUCCCCGCCAGCCAGGAUCUCAAGGGCGGCUUCCUCGAGACAGAGGUCCGGCUGAAGAGCUGGAUUGAGCUGGCCCAGAUCUUUGUUGUAAUUGGAAUUGCCGGCCUCAUCUGGCGCAUGGUUGUCAAUGCUUUCACAAGAUUUGCUUCGGUUUUCUAG